AUGACGUAUAAAUGUAUGUUAGCCGAUAUACUGGAAGAAAAAUGUAUCGUAGUUCUAAAUCCCGAAAGAAAUACAUAUAUAAAGUGGAAACUACCUUCACCUCAAACUUCCAAACCUUUAAUUCUAAAAAAAUUUAAAACAAACUUUAAUUCGUAUAUGAUCUUUCAAUUAGAUUGCACUUCCGAAAUUAUUAAAUCAAAAAUUUUUAUUGAAAACACUUCUGAAACGGAAACUCGUAAAGCAGCAGCUGCUAUUUGGAAUAGCGCCGAAGAAAGCGUUAAAACAGAAUAUCACAAUCUUAACUUAAAUAUAAAAAGUUGGUUUGUGAAGAAGCAGAAUGUCGUGAUUUUGUCGGUUGUUUCGGUUGUGGAUUGUUGUUAA